AUGGACUCGAAAUUCAUAACUCCCACGCUCAAGCUACAGGAGUCUAUAGAUUCUUUACAGUUCCACCAGGACAAAAUUGCAUCCUCAAAUGACAUUUCGUUCAGAGGCAAUUUGUCUAAACGGUUUCUUCAUCCACUAAACCUCGAUACCAACCAAGUCAACUACAGAAUCAAUGUGCCAAACUUCUCCACACUUUCGCCACUCAAGUUGGGCUCUAAAUUCAUCACAGACUUGACCAAGAUAGAUUCCAUGAUCCCAGGGGAUUUGUAUUUGGGCGAGACUCUUGAUAAAUCAACUUCGGGUUUGGAUAACUACUACUUUGAUUACGAGCAUGGGAUUGGCGAGUUUUCCUCCUUCGAAAGAAUCAACCAGUUGAACUUGCCCGAUAAAUUCUUCGACGAAUACAACUCCAGCGAGUGUGGUUCUAAACUAGGACUUUUUCCCGAGAUCGACAGAACUUGGAUCACUGUUGAUAACAAGUUAAUCUUGUGGAACUACAAGUUGCCUCAGUCAUCUUUCAAUCAGGCCAACCAAUUUUUAACUAUUGAUCAAGUUAGAAAUACCAUUUUAAAGGUGAAGUUAGUGAAGCCCAAACCAGGCGUUUUCGUCAAAGAAGUCAACUACUUACUUUUGGUCGCAACCACCAUGAACAUCCAAAUCUUCAUCAUCCAAUAUGACAAAACCCUCAAUAACUUGGAGAUUUUCAACCCCGACUUAUCCAUUUCGACCCAAGGUUUGGCCGUGAAUAAUUUCAUUGAGAAUCCUAAAACUGGGGACAUAUAUUUCAGUGGUGAAGGCGAUGGAAUUAACAUUUGGAGAUUGGAUUACUCGAACAAGUCGUCUUUCAUCAAAAAUAGAUGUGAUAAAACUUGUCUCACUAAGACAGGGUUGUCUUCUGUCAUACCUAACAAGUUGACUAAUUCAUACUUAUUCAACUACUCAGAAUCUUCAUCAACUUCUGCUAAGGGGGCUCAAAUUCCAGAAACUUUGACCCAAUUGGAAAUCGACUCGGAUAGAGAUAUCUUGUACACUUUAUCCAAUAAAUCCGUCAUCAGAGUCUACAAACUUCCAACGGUUCAAGCUCAACAAAGUACACAUACAGCUCAAUCUCAUGCUUCCCAACUUCACGAAUCAAGCAAAUUGCUCCCAACUCAAAUAUUCAAAAGUUCAUCAAACCUUUUCGUAGAUGUCGGAAAUUUCAAAGUGUUUGAAAAGUUCAAGAUCAUCAACAUUCAUCACAUCUCGAAAGCAGAAUCUAACCAAGUUCAAUUGAUUGCUGUUACAUCAAAUGGAUGUAGAAUCCUUUUGAAGUUGGGCGGCCCUUCGAGUACGUUUGGGUUGUUUAAUUCCUAUUCUACAACUUCAUCUUUCACAUCUUUGAGAUUGAACCUCGUGACAAUCAAAUUUCCUCCUUCUAGGGAGGUCCCCGAGGUGUCUACGGAGUUAGAUGCUUAUACUACAAGCAAACAGCAUUUGGCACAAUUGAUAGAAAAUCAGCAAAGGUCUCAACUCUUGAAGAAUACCAAGUUCUCCAAGAUUAUCAGUCCAGGGGUUUACUUCUGUGUCAAGAGAACUAAGAGAUCAGACAAGCUUUUCAUUGCAACAACGAAUUAUGGAUUUUUGAAGAAGAAUAACAAAUUGGUCGAGAAUGCAGAGUUCAUAAAUUAUGGCGCCGACGAUAACAUCGAAAAUUUCACCUACAUUCAUGACAUUGUCCAGUUAACUCCUUCCAUGAAUGCAACCAACACUCCUAAUGGUUAUGCUAAUGUAUUGGCCAGUCAAUAUACCAAGCAACCCUUGAGGUUUGCUAUCUUGACCAAUUUUGGAAUCAUCAUUUAUCAAUACAAGACAUCUGAUCAAAUCUUGAAGUCAUUGUCAGAAAGUACUAUUGAGAACUUCAUUGAGGAAAAUGGAUUCGAGGAAACUUGUUCUACUCUCCUCUACUUGUCAUGCUCCUAUGGUCAUCAUUCAUCCAACGAUCCUUUCAAGAGAAAAGCCCAAAUUUUAUUUUCAACAUGCGGAAACAAUGCGAGAUUGAGUGAACACCCUGUCAAUGUUGGACACCAGAUUCUCAAUCACAACAAUGACCCUACACAUCCUACGGUAGAUCAAGUUGUUUUAAGUGAUAGAUUUUAUGGUACCUCCUUGCUCAUUUCUAGAUUGUUUAGAGUGUACUGGAAUGUUAAGGUUUUCAAACCUUUAACACACAUCAAAGUCUUAGCCAAUGGACAAAUAGAUUCCUCAAGUGUGAAGGACGAUAAUUUGCUUAUUCAGGACUUGAAUAUUGAUAAGAAACAGGUCGAGUUCUUCAUUGGAUCUAUUAUUGUUUUGGUAGAUUUUUUGGUUGAGAACGGUAAUCAAAUCCAAGGCUUAAAUGCUCCAAAUUACUCAUCUGAUCCUAAUCAAUUUGAAAAUGAAGUUUGCUUAAGAGCUGAACACAUAGCAUUUACUUCAAUCAUUAAGUCAUUGAACUCUAUGAAAGAAGCACUUUCCUUCUUAAUGGUUUUGAUUGAAGAAAACCAAACAAGUUUCAAUGAAGUUUUUAAGUUUUUAUCAUUAACUAAUCAACUGAACCUUUUGAUGCUUAGUUUCAAAGAUUUAUUAUUGCCAACUAAAGAAGUGAAAAAUUUGAUCAAGGAUCUUUUGUCAUCGAUAAUUAACAAGAAUAUCCUCAAAGGGGGCUCUCUUGAUUUGAUUGCUUCAUCUUUACAAGAACGUUGUGGUUCAUUUUGCUCUACCGAUGAUGUAUACAUUUUCAAAGCCAUCGAGAAUUUGACCAGGGCUAAGAACAUUGGUUCUCGUGACAACGAUUUAAAGAUUAAAUGUUUGAAAAAUUCUGUGAAGUUAUUCGAAGAAGCAUACGAGUCGUUAACUUUGGAGAACAUUCAGAAUUCCAUUGACAUUAUGUUGGAGUUGAAGUUUUACAGUGGAGCAGUCGAUCUCUUAUUGAAAUUGGCACUGAAAGCUUAUACCCCAAACAUUUCUAGUUCUAUCAAUUCAGUCACUCCUGUUAUUCAGAACCGCCCCGAAGAAGUUAUUUCAACUAGGCGUACUCAACUUUAUCACUUGAUCUUCAAAAUUUUGACUAAGGUCGACUUAGAGGCGUUGAAAAUUACUGAAUCUCAUAAUCAAUUGGAAAUUAAUGAGUUUUUGGAAUUGAGAGAUUUGACAUAUGACACCUGCUUCUCGUCUCAAGAUAAAGCAUUCCAUUAUGAAUUCUAUCAAUGGUUCAUCGAUCAAGGUAUCAGUGAAAGAUUAUUAGGUAUUAACACCCCCUACAUCUUGCCAUUCUUACAGGAAAAAUCUCAAGGUAAUCUAUCAUUAAGUGAUUUGUUGUGGUUAUACCAUGCCAAGAGGGAUAAUUUCUAUGAUGCAUCUAGUAUUCUCUACUCGUUGGCAAUCUCAGAAUUCCCAUUGAACUUAACUAAGAGAAUUGAGUAUUUAUCCAGAGCUAACGGUUUCUGUAACUGUGUUUGUCCUCCAAACAUUAGACAAAAAAUGAUACAGUUAUCAUCAAUAAUCCAAGAGCUCUUUGAUGUGGGUAACUUGCAAUGGGACAUUUUAACUACUAUUCAGAAUGAUGCAAGAAUCAGUAAGGAGAACAAGGAGGUAGUUGUCAAUGCCUUGAAUUACAAGAUCUUAACCAUAAGUGAUUUGUUCAAUGAUUACACUGAUCCAUUGGGUUACUACGACUUGUGUUUAGAAGUUUUCAAAAUCUCUGACUACAAGAACUCAGAUGAUAUUUUAAAGAGAUGGGAGUUGUUAUUUGAAAGAAUUUACCAUGAGUAUUUGAACUCUAAGAAACAGGACCCAUUCUACAUUCAACUCACCAAUUCAUUCAUUGCUGUUGGCACCAAAUUGUCCUCGAAUGACUUGGUUUUCCCUAUUGACGAAUUGAUCAAAUUGAUUGGCAAAUACUUAAAGACUGCAGAAGAAGAAUCUGGGCACUCUGAAGAUAUUCCUAAGGGUGUUAUUAUCGAUAUGUUCAUCAAAAGUGGGGUCAAUUAUGAUAAGUUGUACUAUAUCAUCAAAUCAAUCAUCGAGCACAAUAGUUUUGAACUCAACCAAGAGUUUUUCCAAGAGUUGAAGACCAAUGAAAUGGUUUACUUGAUCAAGAACUGGUUUGCCAAUGAUAAGAAGUUAAGGGAGUUGAUCUCAAGUGACGCUAUCGCAAACUUAGAUACUUAUAGCAUCGAGACAGAUCCUAUCACUGAAUUCAUCAAGAAUGGAUCCCUCUAA